UUAAUUACUGUACUUUUCUACUUCCAGUUGACCUGUGACCUUUACAGACCUCUGGUGAAAUGGUGACAGUCACAAGACAAUAAAUUGUUUUCUGCUAUCUACAGGACAAAACUCUGCUCUUUGCUGGUCCGUACACAUCAUGACGAGCCUGGCUCAUUGGUUGGUGUGACAGGAUCAGAGCAGCUUUAUACCAGUGAAACAGAGAAGAAUCAGCAUUGCUGACCAGGAGUCAAAAUCAAUUUAAAUUCAAAGAAGCCCUGCACUUGUAAAAUUAAUUCAGCACUUAACAAGAAAGAUGCACAUGUAAACGGCCAUCUAUUGUCCAAUACAGUCUGGUCAGAAUGCACAGUUUAUUUUAUGCCAGUGUUGCCAGUACCAGACUUCCAUGGAGAAGGCCCUUUGAAAGAUGUUUUAGCAAGUCUGCUGUAUCUCACAAAUCAGACAAAAAAAGAUAUAACCGUACUUCAGAAGUCAACUUUGACAACUUUGGAGCAUGGAACAAUCGACUGAAUCUGGAUAUCUUGAUGCAGCAGAGCAUCAAGCACGGUAAGCCCAUCCCGCAGAUCAAGCUGGACCAGGUAGGAUGGGCCUCCGAGCUUGGUCGGCGCAAGGAAAAUGAGGACAGGAUCAUCAUGGAUGAGCUGGAGCCCAACCUGCUGUACUUUGGACUGUUUGAUGGCCACGGGGGAAGCCUGACUGCUGACUACUGUCAGUACCAUAUGGCUUUACACAUCAAGUACUGGCUGCACAGGGAAAAGGACUUACAGACAGUACUGAGGAGGGCCUUUACAGAACUUAAUAACCUGUACACAAGGCACCUGUACUACCACAUGAUGACUGAGGGGGACGUUCCUCCCUGUGGAACCACCGCUACGGUGUGCCUGUUACGCAAUGGGAAUGAGCUGGUGGUGGGUAGCGUGGGGGACAGCCGUGCCGUGCUCAGUCGCAGAGGGCGCGGCAUCAGUCUCACGCAGGACCACCAGCCCGACCGGAAAGGAGAACGGGAUCGGAUCAAGAAGGCGGGAGGGUUUGUCAGCUGGAAUAGCGUGGGGCGGCCUCAGGUGUGCGGACGUCUCGCCAUGACCCGCAGUAUUGGCGACGUGGAACUGAAGGGUUUUGGAGUCACAUCUAUUCCAGAAACCCGUUCAAUAGAAGUGGACCACGGGAAGGAUGGAUUCCUGGUUCUGGCAUCUGAUGGAAUCUCCUUCGUCAUGAGUGACCAGGAGAUGUGUGAGUCUGUGGGCCGAUGUAAGGAUCCUCCUGAAGCUGCUCAUUUCAUCGCGGACCAGGCUCUGACAUUUGGCACUGAUGAUAAUGUAACUGCCAUGGUGGUGCCGUUUGGUGCAUGGGGGAAGCACAGUGGUACAGGAAACAUCAAUAGGUUCCACCGGAAUUUCAUCAGUUCCAGUCGGGCUUAAUCUGUUUUGCCCUGUUUAAAAAUCAGUUUGUGGCAUGCAUGUCUCAGGCAUUUGAUUUGAACUCAUCAUUUGAUACACAUUGAGUCAAAUGUGGGCCUACUGACUGUAUUGGCUAUACUGACAUAUGAUUUAUUAUUUAAGCAUUUUUUUCUAUCUUAGUAUUUUAAAUAAUCGUGUAGAUUUCUUAACUGUUGGUUCAGUUCUUCUUUGUGUAAUGUUUAAGGUGAAGUUAUAAUGUGUCAUGCAAAUAAAUGACCUGACCUAGCUGCAAUUUUUCUUGCUGCUCUUCAUCAUCAUUAACAUUAACUUUAAGUAUAUUGUGUAACACAGGUGUAUAUAUCAAUCAUGGACUAGUGGUCACUCAUUCAAGCUGGUAAUGCUUGACUCAGUUGACUGUAUUGAUUUUGAUGAAAGAUACCUCACCAUAUGCAUGGGCAUGGAUUGUUUACUUUGGUUUUAUUCUAAAUUAUGUGUUUUAGGUCAUUCUGGAUCUAAAGUGCAAUUAAUAACAUCUGGAAAAACUUGUGAGGUUACACAUUAUAUAUUAUUGUAUUAAUGUUGCUAAGAGACGAAAUAUAAAGGAAUACAACUUG